AUGACUCUUGAAGCUGUGUCAGUGACUCCUCUGAGGGUUUGUUUGGGGACAACACUGGGACCAUUUGGCUCCAAGCUGCGGGUCUUCGGUCCAAGAGCUUUGUGGAGCUGUCUCUCAGACAAACACACUGCUCCUGUUUGCAGAGAGCGAAGCUGGCGGGACGUCCCGCUGGGGUCUGCUCUGGGGUCUGCUCUGGGGUCUGCUCUGGGGUCUGCUCUGGGGUCUGCUCUAGGGCCUGCGCUGGGGUCUGCUGUAGAGCCUGCUCUGGGGUCUGCUCUGGGGUCUGCUCUAGGGCCUGCUCUGGGGUCUGCUGUAGAGCCUGCUCUGGGGUCUACACUGGGGUCUGCUCUGGGGUCUGCUCUGGGGUCUGCUCUAGGGCCUGCUCUGGGGUCUGCUCUAGGGUCUGCUCUGGGGUCUGCUCUGGGGUCUGCUCUGGGGUCUGCUCUGGGGUCUGCUCUGGGGUCUGCUCUAGGGCCUGCGCUGGGGUCUGCUGUAGAGCCUGCUCUGGGGUCUGCUCUGGGGUCUGCUCUAGGGCCUGCUCUGGGGUCUGCUCUGGGGUCUGCUGUAGAGCCUGCUCUGGGGUCUACACUGGGGUCUGCUCUGGGGUCUGCUCUGGGGUCUGCUCUAGGGCCUGCUCUGGGGCCUGCUCUAGGGUCUGCUCUGGGGUCUGCUCUGGGGUCUGCCCUUGGGCUCUGGGGUCUGCUCUGGGGUCUGCUCUAG